CAAUUCGUGUGCGAACCUCGAGCUGCAAUGGCGACGCGCAAGGAUGUUCGUCGAACGUUCGUUACAACGAUCGACUAUGAGAAAUUUGGUGGACGCAAACCUCAAGAGAAUGAUGUUGAAGAAACAGAGACGUUGGAAUUCGAAGAGAAGAAUCAUGAAUAUGAAGAUGGAAGGGAAUACCCGAGAAAGGAAAAAGAGCAGGGUAUGAUUGUGAUAUUCAAUCAAAUAUCCUUCGAUGGUCUCGAUAGGAGAAGUGGAUCAGAAGUGGACGAGAAAAGGAUAAUACGGACCUUCAAUCGACUUUACUUCAAUAUCAAACGAAAGUUUAUUUUCCGCGAUCUAAACCGAAAGGAAAUGCUAGAUAAAAUCGACGAAAUUUGUGCUGGCACGUACAGUGUAAACUGUCUGAUUUGCGUUGUGAUGACUCAUGGCGGAGCGCACAAUACGCUGUACUUGAGAGAUGGACACAUCUUUGCAUACGAAAUCUACGAAAAAUUCUGCGCCUGCGAAUCUUUCAAAAACAUCCCGAAAUUAUUUUUAUUCCAAGCAUGCAAGACUUUCACGGAUGAUUUGCAAACCGUGGACCAUAGCAAGCAGACGAAAUUGGUUGACGGUGAAACCUGGAAACACCUAAUACCUCCGGAUACUAUGCUCUUUUACUCGUCCUUAGAAGGCGAAGUGUCGUUCAGAGUUGAAACUGAGGGAAGCUGGUUCAUUCAAGAAUUAUGCAACAACAUCGAUUCACACGGAAGAGACGAAGAUAUGCACAGCCUGGCGACUCGCGUCAUUAAGUGCGUCGCCUGCAACUACUACUUUGAAGAAGAAACCGAGACGAAGAAGCAGAUGCCUAUUUUCUUAAGCACUCUGACCAAGAAAUUCUAUCUAACCAUGAGCAAAAGGAGACAAAACAUGUUGAUGAAACUAGCUAAGAUUCGGAAUAUUUCAUAAAUUGCAUUUCAUUUUUAAAUUAACAUUUUCUUUUAGUGAACCUGUACAUUUUCAAAUAAUUUAUACAUAUAACGAUUUCCUAAUUUAAUAACGUAUAUCAUAGAUAAGGCUUAUCACAUUUACUCUUUUUUUUAUCAACUUCUAAUCCUGCAAUACUAAAAUAAAACACCGUAUGAAAUA